GACACUACUAGUUUAAUAAAGGAUAACCUAAGAUAUACACAAGAUGAUGAAAACAUUACAAAUGGGACAACUCGGCCACCAAAUCAUGCCCGGAAUGCACAUGGUUCAGAAUCAAAUGGCUCCCACCUACCCACAGUUUGCACAGACAGCCCCUCCGGCAACCUUAGAAGAAUAUCAACAACAGCAGGUUCAACAAGCAGUACAACAACAACAGCAGCAACAACAGCAACAGCAGCAGCAGCAACAACAGAAUCCCGGUGCCCCUACAGUCGUAACUACAGAUCCCUCACAACAACCCC